UUGCCAUUCAAAAAGUCAACAGCAAGACAUACAUUCUAACAGAAACUACUUUUAGAGCCUAUUUUAGCCUUCGAAAAAUGUUUAAAAUUAUUGUGAUUCUAUUAAUAGGAAGCCUGGGAAGUGGCCUUGGUAGCCACGAACUUGUACCUCGGAAAGUUGAAGAGCCAGCCCGGGCUCUUUACUCCAUUAAGGGAGUCAUCCUGAAACCCGACAGCUCACUAAACCUGAAGAAGAGCUGGAUGAGCGACAUAACCCUUUCGAUCAACAACGGAGAGUUCAAAGGAUUCGUGAGAUUAGAUAGGAGAUUCCUGAUUUUAGGAGUGCCGAACGGAAGCCACAUCCUGGAGGUAGAGCACCCGGACAUAUACUUUCAGCCAGUGAAGGUGGAAAUCACUGCCAAGGGCAAGUACAGGGCCCGCAAGGUGAACUACAUCCAGCCAUCGACCAUCAACCAAGUGGCCUACCCACUGCGGCUGCUGCCCCACUACCGUAAAGGGUUCUUCAGGACGCGGCAGGAAUGGCAAAUCAUCGAUAUCGUCCUCAGUCCAAUUGUCUUGAUCAUGCUGGUGCCACUUGUACUGAUGCUGGUGGUUCCCAAGCUGAUCAAAGAUCCGGAGGCCAAGAAGGAACUGGACAACAUUCAGUUUCCCAAGAUGAACGACAUGCCGGACCUCAGCGACAUGCUGUCCACUUUCCUUUCGGGCAAGAAGCCAGAGCGCUCCCAGUCCGGCAGGAAGAAACUCCUCGAGAAGUCCCACAAGAAAUACAAGUAAAGUUAGUCCCCCAGUUCAGUUAC